AUUACAGAAUCACCCCAGCGACACGGUGCCAGACUCCCCCAGAAUGAACGUGUGAGUGGUCCGAGCGGGUAGCUCCAAAAUUGCUCAGUGAGCACCGUUAAUUUCGCUGAUUUAUUGCUGAUAAUCACUCACAAUGGAAACCAAUCAAAAAUCCGGGGAUGGACUGACUGGCAUGCAGAAAGAGGCAGCGCUGCGUUCACUCAUCCAGCGCACGGGAUAUCGUUUGCUUCAGGAGAAUGGGCAGAGGCGGUACGGUGGCCCACCCACAGGAUGGGAAGGCCCUCCCCCUGAGAAGGGCAGCGAGAUCUUCGUGGGGAAGCUACCCCGAGACCUCUUUGAGGAUGAGCUGGUGCCCCUCUGUGAGAAGUUCGGGAAAAUCUACGAGGUGCGGAUGAUGAUGGAUUUCAACGGGAAUAACCGGGGCUACGCAUUUGUGACCUUCAGCACCAAGCAAGAGGCCAAGAACGCUAUGAAACAGCUUAAUAACUAUGAAAUAAGGAAUGGAAGGCUUCUCGGUGUCUGUGCCAGCGUGGAUAACUGCCGCCUCUUCGUCGGGGGGAUCCCAAAAACCAAAAAGAGGGAGGAGAUCCUAGCAGAGAUGCGGAAAGUGACGGACGGCGUAGUGGACGUCAUUGUGUACCCCAGCGCCGCAGACAAGUCCAAGAAUAGGGGCUUCGCUUUCGUGGAGUAUGAGAGUCACCGGGCGGCGGCCAUGGCGAGGCGCAAGCUGUUGCCAGGGCGGAUCCAGCUUUGGGGGCACACCAUCGCGGUGGACUGGGCGGAGCCAGAGGUGGAGGUAGACGAGGACACCAUGGCCACAGUGAAGAUCCUCUAUGUGAGGAACCUGAUGUUGGCCACCACAGAGGAAACCAUUGAGAAAGAGUUUAACAGCAUUAAGCCAGGGGCUGUGGAGAGAGUGAAGAAAAUUAGGGACUAUGCUUUUGUCCAUUUCACCCAGAGAGAGGAUGCAGUAAACGCCAUGAAUGCUUUGAAUGGAAAGGUGCUAGACGGCUCCCCUAUCGAGGUGACCUUGGCUAAGCCCGUUGAUAAGGACAGCUAUGUGCGUUACACCCGAGGGACAGGAGGACGCGUCGCCGCCCUGCUGCAAGGAGAGUAUUCCUACACGCUGGGGCAGGUGUACGAUCCCACUGCCGCCUACCUGGGAGCGCCUGUCUUCUACGCCCCGCCGGCAUAUGCCGCUAUCCCUAACCAGUUCCGCUUCCCGAGCACCAAAGGCCACAUUGGCGGUCGGAGCCUGGUACGCGGCCCCUCCGUCAGAGACAUUUACAUGAAUGUACCUGUAGGGGCCGCUGGAGUGCGGGGCCUGGGUGGACGGGGAUACCUAGCCUAUGCGGGGGUGGGCCGUGGCUGUGCCGCCUACCCGCUAAAGGCGGACAAACGCCCCGACGACAAGCUGUAUGACCUCCUGCCUGGCAUGGAGCUCACCCCCAUGAACCCCGUGACCCUGAAACCCCAGGGCAUCAAACACGCCCCCCAGAUCCUGGAAGAUAUAUGCCAAAAAAAUAACUGGGGACAACCCGGUUACCAGCUCCACUCAGCUAUCGGGCCGGACCAGAGGCAGUUGUUCCUGUACAAGGUCACCAUUCCGGCGCUGGCUACACAGUACCCCAACAUCCAUCCGUUUACACCAGCUAAGCUGUGCGAGGCUGUGGACGAGGCCAAGGUCUACGCUGCAGAGAACGCUAUGCAGAUCCUGGGACUGCAGGCCGAGAGCCCGGAUGCCUCCAUUGCCGUCGCGGCUGCCGCAUUCCCAGGCUACACAAUAGCUGGCACCACCGCCUCAGUGGCUGCCUCGCAACUCAAGCAAGCCGUCACCCUUGGGCAGGAUCUGACUGCGUAUGCGACCUAUGAAGGCUACCCAGCAUUCGCCAUAAGCACACGCGGCGAUGGCUAUGGGGUUUUCUGAAGACGAGUCCACAUUCCCACACAUUCUUGGUUUUAUCUGUGAUAUAUUUAGACUAGAACGUAGAAGUUGUUUAGUUCUGUACUAUUGAUAUUCUUCGUUAAGCGAUAGCUAAUCAUCUGAAAUAUGCGUUUAAUCUCUUUUACUGGAGAGCCUCGUCAAUCUUUGAUGUCUCUCAGGAAUGGAGUUGCUUGCAAAAGAUGUUUACAAAAGAAAAACAUCCCUUAACCUCUAUUUUUUUUUCUUUAUUUUAAUUUUGUUAUAUCUUGUUUUACCCUUGUCCUAGACAGUAACCCCCUGAACCCCUAUUUAAAUUGCUUAAAUUACAGAACUAGCAGUAGUCUUAACUACAGUAGCAAUUAUAUGAGAAGUAUCUCCCUGUAAACACGAGUGUGCAUUCCUUGAAGGAAACAGAGAAGCAGGUUUAUCAUUUGGAUUUUAGAAUUUGUAACCUGUUCAUUUAUAGGGACUCUCGGAACCUGAAUGAGGUGCAUCCCCUCAACCAAUGAGAUUUUUUUCUGUGCUUGUGCUAUUUCUCAGUAUUUGUGGACACACAGAAAUGUGUUUUCCUUUGGCUGGUAUCCCAGUGCAGAGAUAUAAGGAACCAUGCAAUAAGCUGUGAAGUUUUGCUGUGCGUUGGAAGGCUGGUCUUUGAGGUGUUAGGAAAAUGUCAAGCUGUCAGUAGGCAGCUGGACGUAUCCAUCAUUUCUGAGAAAAACAAAGACCUCCUGAUGUGAACUAGUGUGAUGUGACUAGUGUGAUAUUUAUUAGCUCAGAUGUCAUCUUUUAAAGAAGUACUCAGAGUUCCAGUCCUAAACACGCACAGUUAAACACAAAAUUAAUACAGAGGUACAGAGGUUUUCUCUGUAACACUGAACUAUAAAAAGCCUGGGCUGUUUCUGACAGUAUUAAAGUGUGUGUAGCACUUAGAACUUUAUUUUUUUUUUACCAGAAAUACAACACUAUUUGUAUAGCGUUCUGUUGUUUUGGAUAUUUGAAACUCAAUGACUCAAUCAUUAUUCAAAAAUGAGAAAAUUCACAGCCAUUAAAGAGAUUGAAUUAAUCAAAACUGGAUUAACAAAAAGUGACAUCACUGUGCUGCAAAUGGUAUGGCUCCGCAUGGGAAAUUGCUGCGUGUCAGGUAAUUGCUUUCUGGAAAGUCAAUAAAUGUAUUACUAUGCAAA